UUUAAAUUCAUGUUGAGUAAAAAGUGGACAUUACGUUCUUUCUCUUAGAUUUUCCAGUUGAUAAAUGAUAUGGAUCUUGGUUACAGUGAUCAGAACAUGAGUCCSACUAGCGCAAGCUAUCUACCUGGCUAUCUACUUGGCGGGAAUACUCAGUCAUCGAUGCCAGUAUCUCAGCCGAUGGGCAGAAAUUGGUCCACGUCCCAGAAGAGUGCCUCCCCCAGAAAUCAGUACAGCUCACCAGYAAGAGGGUCAUUUGGUUCACCAAUCAGAACACCCCAACAACAACAGUUUGCUGCAAACCCAAAACUUCAGCAUACAUCAGUAAGAGGAACUCCAACAAUAAGUCGAACACCAAAGGAUUCAUUUGGUGCUCCUCCUGUYGAAGGUCUCUAUGAUUCCAGAUAUGCAAUGCCAUCUCCGUUAUCUGAAAGAAAACAGCUAAAUUCAAGUGUGUUCUCACCUGGUAACAGAGGCUCCCUUACACAGACUCCUCAUCACGGUACCCCAGGGACACCAUUUAGAACAUCAAUGGCUGUUGAAUCACAAGAUCAUUCCCCUCCCUCCCCUGCUCAGGUGGAUCCUUUUUACACACAAGGGGAGACAUUAUCAAGUGAAGAUGUACUUAGUGAAUGUUGGGUGACUGUUUUUGGAUUUCCACCAGCUGCCUCAUCAUACAUACUCGAACAGUUUGCGCAAUAUGGUAACAUUAUGAAACACGAGGUUAUGACAAACAAAAAUUGGAUGCAUAUACAGUAUCAAUCAAAAUUACAAGCUAAAAAGGCUUUGAGUAAGCAUGGCAAAGUGUAUGGUGGUAACAUGAUGAUUGCUGUCAUUCCAUGUAUUGAAAAGACCAUCAUGGAGGGCAAGGAAAAUGAACACACUAUGGCCGACAUAUSUAUGAAGACAGUUAUUGCGACACCAUCACGUCCACCAAUUAGACCUUUGACAGCAGCUUAUCAAGCAGCCAGUAGUAAUAAUCAGGUUGUUCCACAAGAUGGGAGAACACCUCAGAAAAGUGACACAAUAAUYUCCAAGGCCAUGGAGUACAUGUUUGGUUGGUAGAAUACAUCAAUAAAAUACAAACUAUCAAAAACAUUAUCAUCUGUUAAGAAUUCUCUGAAAAUGACUUCUUCAAAUCAUGAUAGAUAAUGGUUUUGUGCAUGAAUUAGAAACAUGUUUUCAAAAUUCAAUAGUGGGUGUAUUUUCACAAGAAAGAUUUGUCACCACUGCAUAGAUGAUAAAGUAUUACCUUAUUAGAAUGAAAUUAUAUUACUGUAAGAAGCCUUGUUUGCAAUGACAGCAAUUCAUAAUAUUUUUAAGAUUGAUGUUAUUGCUAUCAUGGAAUAAUACUAGGAAAUUGUCUKAAGACAGAACUUGACAAAGAUAAAUUUCAUUCAGCACUAUAUUAAGAAAUAUAUUGUUCUUUAAUGAUAUUGUAUUCAAAAAUAUUUUUAAAAUAAAUUGUUCAAUGUUUCGCUGUUUA